CUUAGAAACACCUUUGGCUCCCCGGAUGUUCUUCAUUCUUGAGCCCAAGAACUCAAGAACUGCAUUUUCUUCAUUUACAGACGGAUUGGAUCCAACGGUUUGUUUGCGGUUUCGUUGCUCGCACGGCACGAGGCUGAAUGCCUUGCUGUGCACCUCCGUCCGGGAGAUCAUUUGCCUUUCAGAUCAAGAGGCUCAACCCGUGCCAGCGAUCUUGGGGCGCUUGCAUCCUAGGUUCCAGACAUAGCGAUGGUGUGUUUCGCCUUGGUCCUUCUGGGCACCUUGAAGUAUCACUUUGUAGAGCUCAUUGCCGCCACCGUGGUCUUUGACUGUGUGAGCUUUCUGAUCCAAUUCGCCACCUGGAUCCGUUUCAGGUGGAGACCAACCUCAGGCCAUGAGGCCUUUCGCAUCUCCUUGGGUUUCCGUGGAGUGCUUCUCUGGAGCCUAGGACCCGUGUUUCUUUGCAUUUCGGUCUUGUACCUCACCCUCUCAGCUGGCGGAAUUGCACUCUAUGGCACCAUCCUGACUUUUGUGACAGGUGAAGUUCUAUACCGUGGGUACCAACUCUGGCGAUGGAUCCGAGUGGGAAGCACUUGAGGUUCAACAAGGUCACUCCGAGAUUCUUUCGGAUCGUCCAUCCAGC